CACAAAUCCAUCACCGCCACCGUAAUGACUGCAAAAGGGCUCUUUGAGCAAGUCGAUGACAGAGCUUGCCGUCUGACUGGGAUUCUGGUGGUCGUAGGCAUAUUCUUCUUUGUUCUAGACAAUGCGCGUUCGUACAUCCGGUUAAGACACAUCCCAGGACCACCUGCGGCAGCUCUCACAAACUUCGUCCGUCGAUCGUGGGUCACCACUGGCAAUGCUCACGAGAUACACACCGAUCUACACAGCAAAUAUGGCACCGUUGUGCGAUUUGGUCCUAAUGCCGUUAUGGUCUCCAAGCCCGAGGCAAUUGAACAGAUCUAUGGCUUCAAGACCAGAUUCCAGAAGUCUGAUUUCUACGACUCCAUAAUGCCGAGGAUAAAGGGUGGCAAGAUCCCAGACGUCUUUGCUACCCGCGACGAGGAUAUACACCGGCGAAUGCGGCGUCCGGUUGCCAAUCUGUACUCGCUUACAAGCCUGAUGAAGUUUGAGCCGGUCGUGACGUCUACUGUGCAACACCUGUUUGCGCGACUAGACGAGCUAUUUCUAGAUAGGAAAGUUGAUGUCAACCUGUUCCAAUGGAUUCAAUACUUUAUGUUCGACGUCCUUGGCGAAGUCACAUUUUCCAAGGAAUUAGGAUGUCUCGAUAAGGGUGGCGAUGUUGAAGGAGUCAUCGAGAACAACUGGCGCUAUUUCAACAUGAUUGCUGCGAUGCCUUGGCUUGACUGCUUGUGGAGAGACAACCCCUUGAUUCCCGUCUCCGCGAAAAGAAACCCGCUGGUCGAAUUUGGUGCCGCCAGAAUUAGAGAGCGUAUGAGUUUAAUCGAAAGCGGCAAAGGCGACCUCAGCCAAAAAGACUUCCUCUCCAGCUUCAUCGCUGAGAAUGCCAAAGACAAUACUCUUCCCGCUAUGUUCCUUCCCACUUGGGUCAAUUCCAACAUCGUGGCAGGUGCAGACACGACAAGUAUCCUAUCUGGCGCCUUGAUUUACCAUCUUCUCAAGAACCCUGCGUCGCUCGCAAAGCUUCAGAAGGAGAUCGACGAUGCCGCCGCCGCUGGGCGACUCUCUAGAUACGCGACUUGGAAAGAAUCCAAGGCUCUCACUUAUCUUGAUGCUUGCGUAAAAGAGGCCACCAGGAUGCAUCCACCGUUUGCCCUCCCGUUUGAGCGUGUGGUCCCGGAAUGUGGACUGAAGAUAGACGGCUACCACAUUCCCCCGGGAACAAGAAUCGGAAUCAACCCGUGGUCGCUGCAUCGCGAAGUAUCACUGUAUGGCGACGAACCGGACCUUUGGCGACCCGAGAGAUGGCUGUGUGAUGAAGACAGGCACUCAGCUAUGUACAAUGCGCUUCUGACGUUUGGCGCUGGCCACCGAAGCUGCCUCGGAAAGCACCUCGCCUACUUUGAGAUAUACAAGCUAAUCCCCUCGCUACUACAGCGCUACAAUAUACGAUUGGUAAAUCAAGAUGAGAAUUGGACUGUUGAGAACAAGUGGCUUGCGAAGCCUUCAGGAUUCCACGUCAAACUUUCAACUCGUAGCUAG